AACUUUUACUGAGGCCAGAAGCUCGAGCCAGCGGGGCUUGCACCUUACUUUUUCACGCCGAGCUCUGGAAAUCAUGCUUGUAAAGUGCGAAAACAUCCGGGAUGCUGUGAAGUCUCUUAUUGCCGGUUUCUGGAUCACUUUUAGCGUCUGUUCCGUAGGUGUUCACGGCCAGGAGGGUAAUGGCUGUGGACAUUCCCUUCUGGGCACAGAGUCGGGCACAUUGGCCUCUCAGAACUACCCGGGAACGUACCCCAGUAACACCUGGUGUGAAUGGAGGCUGCGGGUGCCAGAGGGGCGCACGCUGCGGCUGCUGUUUGGGGAUUUCGACAUCGAGAGCAGUCCAGACUGCAGGAAUGGCUCUCUGGUCAUCACAGACAAGAGCGGAGAGCUCACUCUGGGUCCAGUGUGUGGGAAGCUCGAUGCAUCACAGAAGAAUGUGACACUUAAAAGCAAUGAAGUGACGAUAACCUUCAAGUCAGGCCCUCAUCGCUCCGGGCGAGGGUUCCUCCUGUCCUAUGCCACUGACCAGUAUCCAGAUCUAAUUUCCUGUUUGAAACGAGGAUCUCAUUCUAGCACACAUCUUUUGAGUGUGUACUGCCCCGCUGGAUGUAAGGAUGUCACAGGGGAUGUUUGGGGAAACUCGGAAAAGGGUUACAGAGAUACCUCAGUCCUGUGCAAGACUGCAGUCCAUGCUGGAGCUGCGUCUGACACUCUGGGAGGGCGAGUCACUGUGAACCGAGGGAGGAGUCUUACACUUUAUGAAUCAACCUUUUCCAAUGGAAUCCUUUCAAAAACGGGAUCAUUAUCUGAAAAGAAGUUGCUCUUCAGUCAAGAAUGCAACAACAUCCUGAGUGUCUCCGGUUUAAAUGCCUCAUCUUUCUGGGAUAAAAACAGUCGAGAGCACACACUGUUCUGGUCCUCAUCAAACAUGAUUUCUAGCCAUGAGUCCCUGCUCUGGGCAGCGGACGGUAACGACCCGAACCCAUGGGUGGAGCUGGGGCUGAGUGAUAGAAGCACCAUCACAGGAAUAAUAACAACGGGAUCAAACGAAUACUACAUAGAAUCCUUCAGUCUUUUUUUCAGCAAGGACAGGAAAACUUGGAAGCUUUACAAAGGUGCUCUCAGCAAAGAAAAAAAGGUGUUUCAGGCCUACACUGACGGCCAUCACAGAGUCCUCAACAGUUUCUUCCCUCCUGUGUUGGCUCGGUUUGUCCGGCUGCAGCCGCUGAGCUGGCAGGGGCGCGCUUCCGUUCAGGUGCAGGUCCUGGGCUGUCCCGUUGCCAAGGCCACCCCAAGGUCACGCCCACCUGCUGCAGAAUCUCCACCCAUCAAAGUUAAUAUGGGCACACCGCGGCCCACCCUCCCCCCGACCCCCACAGAGGGCCCAGUGUUAGUGGAGACAAGACUAAGCUCCAGCCAGCCGGUGAUAGUGGCCGUGGGAGUGGUGCUGGGGCUGAUAAUGUGCGGCAGUUGUUUGAUGGCUGGGGUCUGGUGGAAGCGAAGGAAAAAGGAUUCACAGCUGAAGUACUCCUUACCCACCACAGGUUGUCAGAGUUUCCAGGCUAAGAGUCUCUCCUGCCCGCAAUCAGAGCUCAUCUCUUACCCUCUGGAGAGAAACGUCCAUGAUGCUCUACCUAGCCCUCCUCUUAAUGACUAUGCAGAGCCUGCUGUUGCUGCUAUUGGACAGAAGAUCGGGUCUACAUUCAGACCCUCCUCAGACGAAGGCUACACCACGCCCUUCGCCUUCAACCAUUAUGACACUCCUGUCAACCUGCCGGAGUACGCCGAGCCCCUCCCCCCAGAGCCAGAGUACGCCACCCCGUUCAGUGAGCAGAUCACCGAGUGCAGCCUUCUGGCUCACAGCCAUACACACACACCUCUCACACCAGCACCCAGCACUGGCCCCAGGACGUCUCCCAGCCGCUCUCAGUACGACUGCCCCUCACACAGGGUGCUGUCCAACGGCUACUGCACUCCGGCCCUGCAUGCCAACGGCCCCCGGCCCGUCAGUGUGGUGUACGCUGAGCCAAAGUCAUGUGACACUUUACUACAGAAGCCCACAUAUGAAGAGCCUUUGUGAGCUCAGACAUGGAAGAAAAAAGACUCUUCUGAGCUAAACCGUGAUCUGGAGUGGACACUAAGAUGGACAGUGUUGUCCAGAGAGAACUCAUGCUGACAGAGCUGAACUUCCUGUGAGGGAUGUAUCCGAAGCUGGGAAGUCACUUAGGAGCACAAUGCACAUACAAGGGUGCACAAAGAUCUGAGAACCAUAUGCAAACAAAUAUUUCCUUCCUGGAAGUAUGUUGCGGAAGUAUACCGUGAUGCACAAAGAAAACGCAGGCUCAGUGGCGUCGCACUCAGAGAUAUUGAAAUGUUUAAUCACCAGCUGCACUUUCAGAAAACACAUACAGCAAUGUCUGCCUCAGUGUGUUUAACAGGUUAAUGCAAACAGAGUGAAUUGAUUAUGUUACUUGUUCUCACUAAACAUAGUAUUCACAAUGUAUGAUUUGUACAUGUUUUGCAAAAGAAACAGCAUUUAAGAAGCACUGUAAAUGGAACACUAACAGUGGUUCAUAUUGUUGCUCUGAUGAAGAAUAACCACUAGAGGGCUCCCUUGAGCUUUAAACAGUAAUGAGUUGUUUUACUCAUCCACUGUUUCUCACUCCUCAGAUAUGUGUCCUCCAUUUAUAAACAUAAAUAGUAACAAACAUAUUAUUUGUUUAAAUAAAUGCUUUUAGUAUAACACAGAAAGGCACAACAACCCUGUGUCCUGACACACAACCUUAACAUAAACAGUUCCAAUAUGUGGCCUUGUUUUUUGUCACUACAGUAAUUUCAUUUGACUUAACUCUGUGCUUCCUGCUUUCAUUGUCUAUGCCAUGAUGCCAAGAUGUGUUCAAAGGAAAACACAGGUCUUAAACAGAUAGAAUUACUAAGGAACAUUUAAAUAAACCGAUAUGUCGACGCUGUUGUUCACUCUUAGUGAAAAAGAAGAAGAUAGAAAUGUGUCCUUUCUCCUAUCCAAAGGGUUUUUAUAUAAUAAGGGUAAGGGGACCGUGGAAGUUUGCCAUUAUAUGUGAAAAUGUAAAUAAAAGAACCUCAUAUGUUA